AUAUCCUUCACCAACUUCUAAGCUUCACUCCUCAUAGUAACAUAAAAAACACACAAAGCUUCAACCUUUAUUCUAACAAUGGCUGCCUCUUCCAUGGCUCUCUCCUCCCCAUCCUUCGCCGGAAAGGCCGUGAAGCUUUCCCCAUCAGCCCCAGAAUUGGGUGGUGGCAGGGUCACCAUGAGGAAGGCCGUGACCAAGCAAGUCUCCUCCGGAAGCCCAUGGUACGGCCCAGACCGUGUCAAGUACUUGGGCCCUUUCUCCGGUGAGCCCCCAUCCUACUUAACUGGUGAGUUCCCAGGUGACUACGGUUGGGACACUGCUGGGCUUUCUGCUGACCCAGAAACCUUCGCCAGGAACCGUGAGCUUGAGGUCAUCCACUGCAGGUGGGCCAUGCUUGGAGCCCUGGGCUGCGUCUUCCCAGAGCUCUUGGCCCGCAACGGUGUUAAAUUCGGUGAGGCCGUUUGGUUCAAGGCUGGAUCUCAGAUCUUCAGUGAGGGUGGGCUUGACUAUUUGGGCAACCCAAGCCUGAUCCAUGCUCAGAGCAUCCUUGCCAUAUGGGCUACACAGGUUAUCUUGAUGGGUGCUGUUGAGGGUUACCGUAUUGCUGGUGGGCCCCUUGGUGAGGUCACUGACCCAAUCUACCCUGGUGGCAGCUUUGACCCAUUGGGCCUUGCUGAUGACCCAGAGGCUUUUGCUGAGUUGAAGGUGAAGGAGAUCAAGAAUGGGAGGUUGGCCAUGUUCUCUAUGUUUGGUUUCUUCGUUCAGGCCAUUGUUACUGGAAAAGGCCCAUUGGAGAACCUUGCUGACCACCUCGCUGACCCAGUCAACAACAAUGCCUGGGCCUUCGCCACCAACUUUGUCCCCGGAAAGUGAGCAUGAAAAAAAAGAAAAACACGAGAAAUGACUUAGAGAGAGUUUGAGAUUUGUGUUUGGUUGAAGUGUGUACUUUAUUUCGAUGUACUUCUUCAGAGAAUGUGAAUUAUUAUAUGUAUCCAUUUGGUCAUAA